AGAGCAGCGGCGCCCAUCCUCUCUCUCUCUCUCUCUCAGUGCGACUCCUCCGAGGGAUCAGGAGUAGACUAAAGUCAAACUUCCAGCAGCUGAAGAUUUGUGCGCAACAUUUGAAUGAUCCAAGUCGCAAAGGAAAUGAAAACAUGGGAUCCAAUCUCGGCAGAGUCAGGAGCGGUCUAAUACGCUAAUGAAACAAGCUGAACGUCCCUUUUCUAAUCACGCCAAGUGAGAUGAGAUAUGGACCACCAAAACUCAUGGAAACUAUGAAGACAGAGGAAACUGGCUGAAACCCAAUGGUGUCUAUGAUGAUGUUGCCAUGUGCCAGCUGCCAUAUGAUCGUUUCCUUCUCUAUUUAGCAGGACAGAUGUCCAGAUGGUGUGCCCCUCCCACUGUGGAUCACUCCAGCUCACCCUGACCGUUUCAUGGGCCACACACCGAUCCAAGCAUCAACGACCACUGCUUGACUCGACCCCACCUUGUACCGAACACCUCACCCGCAUCCCCUCGCCCCCCGCCUUCACCCUCCGCCCCGCACCUCCCUUUUCCCCUCUUCUCACAAUUUGACAAUCCCCAGCACCUCCCCGAGCCCAACAUGGUCGCCUGCGUUCCCGCUCUACUCCUGACUGUCAUGAUGUGUCGAGGCGUCCUGCUCUCUGUCGGAGACCCGCCACAGCAGUCCCGCAAAGAGAUCCGCAUCGAGGGGGAUCUGGUGCUCGGAGGCCUGUUCCCCGUGCAUGAGAAGGGUGCCGGGAUGGAGGAGUGUGGGCGUGUGAACGAGGACAGAGGGAUCCAGAGGCUGGAGGCCAUGCUGUUCGCUAUAGACAGAAUCAAUAUGGACAGUACUAUCCUGCCCGGGGUCUCUCUGGGGGUCCACAUACUGGACACUUGCUCUAGAGAUACCUAUGCAUUGGAGCAGGCUCUGGAGUUUGUCAGAGCCUCCCUCACCAAAGUGGACGACACAGAGUUCAUCUGUCCAGACGGAUCUUACGCUUUGCAGGAUGAUAGCCCGCUGGCCAUCGCUGGAGUCAUAGGCGGCUCUUUCAGCAGCGUCUCCAUACAGGUUGCCAAUCUUCUCAGGCUCUUCCAGAUUCCUCAAAUAAGCUACGCUUCAACCAGCGCCAAACUGAGCGACAAGACCCGCUAUGAUUACUUUGCACGUACAGUUCCUCCCGAUUUCUACCAGGCCAAAGCCAUGGCAGAAAUCCUCCGCUUCUUCAACUGGACGUACGUGUCCACCGUGGCAUCGGAGGGGGAUUACGGGGAAACUGGUAUAGAAGCCUUCGAGCAAGAAGCACGCAUGAGGAACAUCUGUAUUGCUACUUCAGAGAAGGUUGGCCGUUCUAACGCUAAGAAGUCCUAUGAAGCUGUUAUCCGCCAGCUCCUCCAGAAACCCAACGCGCGCGUGGCUGUCCUUUUCCUGCGCAGCGACGAUGCCAGAGAGCUGUUGGCAGCUGCCGCCAGACUCAACACCUCCUUCAUCUGGGUGGCCAGCGACGGCUGGGGCGCGCAGGAGAGCAUCGUCAAGGGUAACGAGGUCACCGCCGAAGGAGCCAUCACACUGGAGCUGGCAGCCAAUCCCGUGCCAGAAUUUAACCGGUACUUCCUCGGCCUGGACCCGGUCAAAAACCACCGUAACCCCUGGUUCAGGGAGUUCUGGGAGCAGCGGUUCCAGUGCUCAUUGGGAGGCGGAGGCGGCGGCGGCGGCGGAGGAGGAGGAGAUGGAGCGAUGCCUCUCCCGCAGUGUGACAAAGACUUGUCAAUGGACAAGAGCAACUUUGAACCCGAGUCCAAGAUCAUGUUCGUGGUGAACGCCGUGUACUCCAUCGCCAUCGCCCUCCACAACAUGCAGCGGAGCGUUUGCUUCAACACCACCAAGCUGUGCGACAGCAUGAAGGCCCUGGAUGGACGCAGACUCUACAGGGAUUACAUCCUUAAUGUCAGCUUCACAGCACCUUUUGCUCCCCCGGGCAUCGAGACACUUGUGAAGUUUGAUACCCAGGGCGAUGGCAUAGGCCGAUACAACAUUUUCAGCUACCAGCGCUCCGCUGAUCGUUACGGCUAUGUGCCAGUGGGAGAAUGGGCAGAGAGUCUGACUUUGAGCAGCGAUCUGAUUCACUGGCCCAGAGAAGUGGUGCCCACCUCACAGUGCAGCGACCCCUGUGAACGCAAUGAGAUGAAGAAAAUGCAGGCAGGCGAGUACUGCUGUUGGAUCUGCACAGCCUGUGAGCCUCAUGAAUACCUGGCUGAUGAGUUCACCUGCUCGCCCUGCGCACCUGGUCAGUGGCCCACUGAAGACCUGACAUCCUGCUAUGACCUUCCUGAGGACUAUAUCAUGUGGGAAGACGCCUGGGCCAUUGGUCCAAUUACAAUCGCCUGUGUAGGGUUUAUAUGCACCGGCCUGGUAUUCUGGGUGUUUGUAAGACACAACAACACGCCGCUUGUAAAAGCCUCGGGCAGAGAGCUUUGUUACUUUCUUCUCUCAGGAGUCUUCAUGUCCUACGCCAUGACUUUCCUUUUCUUGGCCAAGCCCUCUCCCGCCAUCUGUGCCCUUCGGCGCCUCGGCCUGGGCACGUCAUUCGCUGUCUGCUACUCCGCCCUCCUCACCAAAACCAACAGAAUAGCCAGGAUUUUUAAUGGGGUGAAAGAUGGAGCGGGAGCGGUGAGGCCACGCUUCAUUAGCCCUUCUUCUCAGGUGUUUAUCUGCCUAAGUCUGAUCUCCGUCCAGUUGGUGAUGGUGUCAGUCUGGCUGCUGCUCGAAGUUCCAGGGACACGGCGCUUCACGUUGCCAGAGCGACGACAGACCGUCAUCCUCAAGUGUAACGUCCGGGACUCCAGCAUGCUGCUGUCACUGGGAUAUGACGUGCUCCUGGUCAUCCUGUGUACUGUGUAUGCCUUCAAGACCAGGAAGUGCCCGGAGAACUUUAAUGAGGCCAAGUUUAUUGGAUUCACCAUGUACACCACCUGCAUAAUUUGGCUGGCAUUUCUCCCCAUCUUCUAUGUCACAUCCAGUGACUACAGGGUUCAGACCACCACCAUGUGUAUCUCAGUCAGCCUGAGUGGGUUUGUGGUUCUGGGAUGUAUGUUUGCUCCCAAGGUGCAUAUCAUUAUGUUCCAGCCACAGAAGAAUGUGACGAGCCACAGGCUUAACCUCAACCGCUUCAGUGUCAGUGGGGCUGCUACCACGUACGCAUCCCACGCUUCUGUCAGCGCCCAACCCGUCCCGACCGUGUGCAACGGGAGAGAAAUUGUCGACUCCACUACAUCCUCCCUGUGACAACAUCCAGUCCGCUCUCUGACUUUGCCCCUGUGACUGUUAGCCAAUCCAUGGACAUUAUUUCCACCCCCCCUGCACCUAUCAUAAUUCCCCACCUCAUACAAACCCUGCAUACACUCUCACACACAUAUACACUUGUACGCACACACAAAAAUACACAAACAAACAAAAAAAAACCCUCCUUGUGGACUAGGACUGUAUUGUUUUAAAAAAAAAAAUGUAGAAAGUGUGUAACUACAAUUAAAUUAUUUUCUAGGGAUGUACAUACAUGAAAUCAACAUUGUUGUAAGUAGAGAAACAAAAGAACAAAAAAAGUUUUUAGGAAGAAUUUUUGGAGCCUUUGUUUUUGAUAGCUUUGUUAUGAUGCGGUGUAAAUAGACAUGUGCUUAAUCAUGGUAGGAGGGUGUGUGUCCCUCGAUCUGGAUGCACAUUUGUGGCUCUGCUUGCCUCACCUGCAAUAUCUCACAGACUUUUUAUCCUCAUGCUUUUUUGUAGGUCUCAUUGUAAUACCCAAAUUGUGUAUGCCUUUCUAUUGUGUAUUGUACAUUUGUAAAUUCUACUACUGAUGGUUUAAACAGCACAAUGUUGACAGUAUUGUAACUCUAGAAUGAAUGUGGACACGAGGAUCAAGCGGACAGUAUGAGAUGGCUGGGACAGACGUACAGAAAAUCCAUCAAACUCAUCACCUCACAGGCGACGCUGUGCCAGAAACGCAGUCUCCCAUCUCUUACAAAUAUUUGCUUUGCAUCCUAGAUCAAUAUAAGGAAACUUUUUUUUGUGGCUGUUUUUUGCAGGAAAAUGUUUUGCUUUUGAUACAAAUGUUAAUUUUUCUAUUUCUGAUUAUUGAAUCCCUUUAUCUAAGUGGCCAUAGUUACAGACAUGUGUUCAGAGAAGCACCAGUAUGUUCACUCCCACUCUCAAACUGUUGUUCCUCUAGAGGAAUUGUUGUACAGAUUGCUGAUGAUAAGUCAUUGCUGAGCUGAAAAAGAUGAAGAAAAAUGAAACUUAUUUUGCCAUAAACCUGUCAAUACACAAAACUAAAUGGUCAUUACGAAAAAGCCCUGAUGGAGGGGAUUUGUCUGGCCUUUUUGAACACAUGUUGAAAUAUUCCAACUACAAGGGGAGUGGUAGCUUUUGUUUUAGUUUCCCCUUUGGUACAGCAUGUGGUGAUGUUCUGAAUAUGGCUAUGUGCCUUAAUAUACGUUCUGGUAGUGCUUGGGUGGAGGUUGUAAGAGAUCACUUUUACAUUUCCAGCCAGGUGAAUGUAAAAGGAAGCCCAGUUUAGGGUACAUGUUUCAGGGCGACACUAUGCCAGCCAGUUUUAUUCCCUUCCAAGCCUCCUGCCAUUGAUUGUGUGUCUGAAGUGUUCAAACAUGAAUCUGAGCAAAUCCUUAGGUUGAAAUGACUUUCUCUACGCCCCUUCUUUCUUCAGUUUGUGUCCCAAAAAAAGAAAACUGGAAAUAGUUAUAGUUCAGAUACGCUGGUUUAACUUUACGUUUUUUUUUUUCACAGCCCAACAGCUCCAAUAAAAGAAGGAAGGGGGAAUAGAAGCUCGUAAAACGAUUAAGAUGAAGUCAUUGACUCGCGACUUAUUGAAGUGUGCGGUUUGCAUGUCUGUGUUAAAUGUGUUGACGCGGGGAGGCACAGUGGAGCAGCUGGCUUCAGCAGUCAGUCCCAGAGAGGCUCACAAGAGGAGGCAAAGGACACAGUGUCAGCUGCUGGCAGAUCCCCAUCUAACAAUAUAGGCUGUUAGCAGUGGAAAUCAUAUGCAUAACAUGAUGAAUCACGUUUUAUCAGAACAUCUAAUCCCAAUCUAAUUUGUGGCCGGGAAAAAAAAAAAGACAGACUCUCUGCUGAGGUGAGGUGAUGAGUGACAAACACAAAAAAACAAAUGUUGAAUUAGACAGUCUAUAGGUUUAAUUAGUCAACUUAUAAAGCACCGUGGCAUACUGCGGCCUGCCAUGCAAUACGUUUUAGAAUAUGUUAUUAAUAGAUUUAUCCUAAGUGGUUUUAAACUAUAAUAUGUCUCAAAUUAAUUGUCACUAUGUACUUAGUAUUUUGGGAAAACUACGUGAGCAAAAUCAUUUAUUUGCUUUCGCAGAAGAGCACUUUAAACGUACUCUCUUCAUGCUAAUGCUCAUAGAGUAUAGGUACAUUCAUCUCUUGACUGGUUAACACCUCUCCAACAGAACCCCAUGAUAAUAACACGGAAUGAUAUAGAUCGAAAGGAUUUUUUUAGAGGAUGAGCCAAGACAAGCCGACCUACAUAGGGGUGUGUGUGUGUGUGUGUGUGUGUGUGUGUGUGUGUGUGUGUGUGUGUGUGUGUGUGUGUUAGGUGCAGGGAGCAGGAGGAGAGAGAAACGCUGUGGCGGAGCAGAGGGGUGCUGCUGCUGCUGCUGCUGCUGCUGCUGCUGGAUUAUGUAAAGCACUCCCACAGCCCAGAAGUCACAGCGCUUCUAUGAAAGCUCAAAAAGCAUCUCUGAGAUUCGCAGUCUUUGUUAGCAGAAGGCUUAGCCAUUCACUCUCUGGUCCUGCUCCUACAAGAUACAUCCCGCAUAGCCGGUUGCUACGGACAACCGCGGGCACAUCCGCUGUUGGAAUGUCUGUUUGUCUGCAUGGUGAGAAGGGAGGGAGGGAGAUGGAGGAGGGGUACGGAGGAAGAGGAAUAGAAAAGAGGAUAAACAGGUUGCUGGUUGAGAUUCAAAUUGGCACCGACUGAUGAGAUUUGGCUCGGCAAGGUUCUCUGGACUCUACUCCCAGCUUUUUUAAAUGGUCGCACAAUUAGAGCACUUAACCCCGAUUCUGCUCUCGUUUAGUCCAGGGACUUGUCUUAGACAAGAGUCUCACAACCCCUUCCUCUGACCCUCGCUCUCUCUCUCUCUCUCUCUCUCUCUCUCUCUGUCCACCUCAUCCCUGCAACCUCAACCCCCAACUCGGCUCCACUCUGUGUGUGAAACUGGUUUCUGAGUCGCUCUCAGCCAAGACCACCUAAGCUAGACAAACAGACCGGUGGACCACACUCAAACUUAAAGGAUGCUUGCUGCAGAACAUGCCAACAGGGGGACCUUGAAGGAGGUUGGAUUAGUGAGUGGUGAAUAAAGGAGUCAAAGAAAGUAUGGGAAAAUAGAAAUAGGACUGAAACGUCACAACAGUACACUCAGUAAAACAUCUCAUGUAUCUUAUCACAGCCUCUGUGGCUUCCUUAUUCGGCUUGACUCCUAAAUAUUCAAACAGCAAACCAUCUACCAAAGACAUUGUUCUUCUGUUCAGCCUCUGCCAAACUGCCAUGUGCUCUACAAAGGUCUGGGUUGCUGUAGCCCAUUUCUGUACAGCAGAAUCUGUGUCCUCGUCUUCUGUAGGCAUUGAAACACGACAGGAUCUCUGCGAAGAAAUGAAGUCAAGCUGAACUCUGGAACUUGUCAAUCAAAAAAGCAAUAGUUCCAUGUUUCUGAUGCGUGCAAUAACGACGCUGUGAUGACACCAUAAUAAAUAACGACAAGCAAGCA